AUCUGGGUUUUGUCCAGGGGUCUCCAGGUUUAAAGCUCCCUGCAGCCGCUUCAGCUCAGUUUCCCUGUGACUUGGCUGGGCACGACUUCUUUCUCUGCCCCAAAAACAUAAGGCUUUACCCUUCAGAACUCUUGGUUGUGUGACAAACUCAGCCUGUCCUUUAGCAGAAAUGGAAGCGAUCAAGAAAAAGAUGCAGAUGUUGAAGCUGGACAAGGAGAAUGCAAUUGAUAGAGCAGAGCAGGCUGAAACGGAUAAGAAGGCAGCUGAGGACAAAUGCAAGCAGGUCGAGGAUGAGCUGGUAGCUCUGCAGAAAAAAUUGAAAGGAACCGAAGAUGAGCUGGAUAAAUACUCCGAGGCUCUGAAAGAUGCCCAGGAAAAGCUGGAGCAGGCUGAAAAGAAGGCCACGGACUACCUCGGUCAGGGGACGGGAAAGCGGCGCUACGUUUCAGGCGGAAGGCGAGGUGGCGGCGCUCAACAGACGCAUCCAGCUGGUGGAAGAGGAGCUGGACCGGGCCCAGGAGCGCCUGGCCACAGCCCUGCAGAAACUGGAGGAGGCCGAAAAGGCGGCGGAUGAGAGUGAGAGAGGAAUGAAAGUUAUUGAGAACAGAGCAAUGAAAGAUGAAGAAAAAAUGGAAAUUCAGGAAAUGCAGCUGAAGGAGGCCAAGCAUAUUGCUGAGGAAGCCGACCGCAAAUACGAAGAGGUUGCCCGCAAGCUGGUGAUUCUGGAGGGGGAGUUGGAAAGAGCUGAAGAGCGCGCAGAGGUGUCCGAAGUUAAAUGUAGUGACCUUGAAGAGGAGUUGAAGAAUGUCACAAACAAUCUGAAGUCUUUGGAAGCUCAAUCUGAAAAGUACUCUGAAAAGGAAGAUAAGUAUGAAGAGGAAAUCAAGAUUCUCUCUGACAAGCUUAAAGAGGCUGAAACUCGUGCUGAGUUUGCUGAGAGAACAGUUGCCAAACUGGAAAAGUCCAUUGAUGAUCUGGAAGACGAGCUGUACGCUCAGAAGCUGAAGUACAAAGCAAUCAGCGAGGAGCUGGACCACGCGCUCAAUGACAUGACCUCGCUGUAGUUUGUGCUGCUGCAUCUCUUAUGCUCUUCUUGCCUGUAAUUCCUGCCAUUCUGUGCAGUCCUAAAAGCGAUCCUUCGGUCUGAUCCUUCUCUGUAAAACUCAAUAAAAAUCAGAUCCCUCUAC